UUGAUCACCCAACAACGUCUUGAAGCAAGGCUAGUACGUACCUAUACCCGGAUAUCCGGCCUGUCUGUAUUGUUGUUGUACUAGUAGAACUUGAACUUAUGAAUUCGCCAAUCCAUUUAUUUCUGAAAAGAUCAAAGAAGUUCAAGUGAAAACCAAGGCCUGUCCGUCUAAAGGAAAGGCUGAGAGAGCUAGAGCCUCACCGUAGCGGUGUUAUAAAUGGAGAUGGCCACUCAGGAUACAAAGCCUGACAUAACACCUAGUGACAUCAAGGCUAAUGAGGACAGUAGCCGUGGUGAAAUCUGGACCGUUGAAGACACCAGACACCUCAUCUCCAUCUGGGGGGACCCCAGCAUACAGAGAAAACUCAGGGGCAUCUUCAGAAACAACACCGUCUACGACGAGAUCUGCCGACGACUCAGGGAGCACGGGGUGUACCGGACGCCGGCCCAGUGCCGGAACAAGACUAAGAACUUGCGCAAGGGUUUCCGGGAGCUCAAGCUGCGCAACGGCAGCAACUGCAGCAAGUCCGUCACUCGGCAGUCCGGUCUUUUCUUCGAACAGCUGGAGAGGGUCUGGGGCCAGGAUUUCCACAACAACCCUGGAGAGUUUGAGGGACAAGAGGAAUCACUGCUGCCCAUAGAGUACAGAGAUGGUGAUGAGAAUGGCAGGCUGUAUGACGGCUGUAGUGCUGCUGAUGAUUUGUUCCUCCAAGAUGGUGCCAAUUUGAGCGACAAUGAGCCUAGGGAGUACGAGCCUCAGGAUGCUGCACACGGACAUGAUCCAAGCAACAUGGCAUCCCACAUCUACUCCCCUCGACCCGACAGCGGCUGCAUGGACAGGGACAGGGUUGGGCCUGGCUCGAUUAGUCUGGUCGCCCUGCAGCAACUCAACCACGAGAACAUGGAGAGGAUGCGGGACACUGUCCUGGAGCUGAAUCGAACCUUCUUAGAGCAGCAGGCGGCCGCUGAGGAGAGGCGAGAAAGGAUGAGCAAAGAACACGAGAUCCAGCUGUUCGAGAUGUUCUUAAAAACCUCAGGGAGAACGCCCGAACCACGAAGUGUAUAUCCAGUCCAACUAUCUCAUACAGACACGCAACAGCGCUUGAAGCAUGCCCAGUCAUCACAGGGAAAUAUGCAGUCAGCGCACCACAACCAAACCCAGUCCCCGUCAGCUAGUAGGCUGCUGAGAGUUGUGGAGAACCAGGAGCAUGCCAGAGGAGAAAAAGUACCCGCACCCACCAAGGAGCUGUCUUCCUCUUCAUCCAUCUCGGCAUCAUCAUCAUCUUCAUCAUCAGUCAGUGCACCGCCGGCCUGUAGCUCCUCACUGAGCUGCCUAGCCCUUAGGCUGCAUCCUGGGGAGGACAUCAAGGACUCGUUGAGGAGGCUGGUGGAGGAGAGAGGCAUCCAGGCUGCUUGCAUCCUGUCCUGUGUUGGCAGUGUGAGGCGUGCAGAGCUGAGGCUGGCAGACUCCAAGACGGUGGUGAAGCUGACUAGUAAUCAUGAGAUUGUGUCACUGGUAGGGACAGUCUCUACUGCUGGUAUGCACCUACAUGCAUCUCUUGCCGAUGAGGAGGGAAAGGUUAUAGGUGGGCACGUCAUGGGGACAAUGGAAGUUUUCACCACCGCCGAGAUCUUGCUUGGGCAACUUCCCAACGUGGUCUUCAAGAGAGAAAUGGACCAACAGACAGGGUAUCGGGAACUGGUAGUGGAACCAAACAGAGAAAGAACAUAGCAUUCGGAUUUUGCUUGAAUUUUUUUUCAUAAAAUUUGAAGGCAGGCUUUCCUUCUGAAUUGUUAAAAAGAUAAAACAAAGGGAAAAACAGAAUAAAAAUUGAAGGGAAAGUACAUGGUUUUGGGUGGCGAAUACUCCCCUCACCCGCACCCCACGUUUUGCGUGGGCCAAAGGGCUGUCCAUCUCUAUUUUGUGCUAAAAAAUCAUAAUCCUUUUGUCAACAGAAGUUCUAAACCAUGUGGCAGAAAUUGGGCUAAAUUCUGGGGAAGUUUUGAUGGUCUCAUUUUUGUUUAAUAUUAAUUAAGUUUUAUGAACACUCAAUAUCUCUUUCCUAUGCCUUGUUAUUGCCUUUAUAUGUUUAGUUUUCAGUAAAUGUCCAACAAAGAUUUUAUAAAUUUUAAUAUUGGUUCACCAACGUUAUCUUGUAAAAGCAAUGUAUGCAUGGUGCAUACUCACUGCUGUGGGGAGCGUGUACAUUUACAACCUGACUGGGUAGUUAUUUGAAGAUAUGCAAACCAAGAGAUCGUUAUUUGAAGAUGUGCAAACCACGAGAUUGACUUGGCCAGAAGCUGAUGUUAGUCUUUACUCACGAGUCGGCCAUAUUAAAUUGAAAGCGAGGUUACUUCUUCAUUUUUUUUGGAAUUUGCGAAUAGAAAUGAAAGCAAUGAAGUAAAGUUAGUUACAAAUCAAUACUAGUAUGCUCUGAUGAAUAAUUGAAACUUUUGUUAAACACAUUUCAAGUGAGGCAGGAACACUUAAAUAGUCUGGCACCCUCCCAUUCAACAGUUUACAAUUUAUAAAAUACAUUCAGGGAACAUGAUCAAAAAUGGCUUCCUAUUGAAUAAGGUCUAUAUGAAACCACGAUCAGUAUCUUGUAUAGUGGAAUGAUUUUGUUACUAAACAGCUUACGUAGAAAGCAUUCCAGUUAGUCUCGAGUUAUAGAGUUCUUUGUACAGAAGAGUUGUUGACCAUUAUAAGUAAAUUUCAUUUUUCUGUGUGCUGUUACGAAUGCGUAGAGUGUUAAAACAUGAAUAUAACAAUGGCCAUUAGUCAGUUAGUAAAAUAAAUCUAUUUCAUAAUGAGAAUAAAUAAGUAAUAGAGACAGACUAUUUUUUUUUAUAUACUUGCAUGCACAAUAAUUAUGUGCCAUUAUUUUCAAGUUAUGAAUGUAGAUUUAUAUAUUCCCCCCCCCCCAUUUUGCCCGAAAGCAUUUACCAUGUGUAUUAGGUUGUAUUACGAUGGGGGUGUAUAUUGGGUAUUGUCUAUGGAAACAAUUUUCAUUUUUUUAACAAAUUCUAGCAAAAAACUGUGAUACUGUCUUGUAAAACAGGAAGGGCUGGAACACUUCAUAAAAGUUUGAAAUUUUGCAUUCAGAUUAAUUCAGUGGUCAUUUCUCCGAUCUUUAGCUGAAAGAAAUAGGAUGUAAUUUAUGUGGACAUAUUAAACCAGAACAUCCAUGGAGGCCAAGGUGA